UCGAACAAGCGAACAGGUUUGCAAAGUUACAGCAGUGUGUUAAUUCUUAUUCAUUUACGAAAAUGGAAACGAGUCUUCGUAAACGGCUCUUCAUCGAGUGUUUUCGAUCGUUUGCGCUCAAGCGAUUCGCUUCGUAAAAGUUUCUGCAAAGUUUUGUUCGGAUAAUGUUUCUCUCUUUUUCUCGUCUCGUUUUUUAUCUUGAACCUCAUGGGGAAAGUUUUCACCUCGUUGAGAUCAAAGGGAGAUUAUCAGCUGUUAUGAAUCUGAUUUAGUUUGGUGUUAUCUGAGCAGAUCAUCUGUUUUGAUUGGAAUAACACUGAAACAUUGUUGCAUUGAUGGAUACAAUAAUUCUGCCACAACCUGUUACAUUCCGGAAUGUCGGGAGUCCUUUGAAGUGGCCGCAUGGAAUGUAACGCACAAUAAUGGAGUGAUCGUGACGUGACUUUAUCGAUCACAAACGUGAGAUAAAUACUUCCAGAAUAUCAAUAGUGAUCUGUUUGAAGGUUCAAACUCUGUGUUUGAAUCAAUGCCCACUUUAAAAAUCUGUCAGCUGUCAAUCACUGGCUGUCAAUCACAUUUCAAAUGUCAGUCAUGUUCACCUGUCACUGAUACAGGUCAACCCACAUGAACUUGCAUUUAAUGAAUACUAAUGUGGCUUUUGGGUGUGAUAGGAAGUGUUAUAAGCUUUAUAAACAGUUAAUUAUAUUCUUUAAUCUGAAAGCACAACACUAGAUAACUGUUGAGCUGAAACAAUUAAGCAAAUAAACGUCCAAUCCACCCAAAUUCUCUGGACACAUUUAGUGGACUGUUAGGAAUUGAGUGUGUCUUUUUGCUGAGCUCUAAUUGGACAGUGCGUAAUGUCUGGCCGGAGCCCGCCACUGCAGCCAGGACAAUGAGGGUUCCUGUGCAGCGAUUGGCCGGGCUCUGGCCGUGGCUACUCAUGGCCGCCUUGCAGGUGGCGUUGGACCACACCGGUCUGGAACUAGCCGCUGCAGUGGACUCCGAACGAUCCGCCACCAGAGCCGUGAUCAAGGUGACUCUUCUGAAGCAGGAGCCCAGCAGCAGGUCCAUCACCCUGGAAGGGGUGUUUGCCGGGGGCAGCGCUGGCUAUGCCGAAGGGAAACUGAUGCAGUCUCACCCGUUGUCUCUGUGUAACACCAGUGAGGACGAGCGUCAGGAAACCAUCUUCAUCAGCAUUGUCAAACUGGAGAGUCCCGAGAGCAAAGUGCCACAGUGUCAGCCCCUACUGGACAAAGCUCGGUUGGCUCUUCAGCGAGGUGCUCAGGCUGUCAUCUUUGAUAUCACAGAUGAUGCCAGUGCUGCUCAGGAGCUGCGUGAUUCCGGUUCGUUGCCACGGCCUGUCGUGUUGGUGAAGUCAUCAGAUGCUGAAGAGCUAAUGGGACUCGUCAAUAAAAAUGAGGAAGCCAUGGUGCUCAUCGACAUCAUGAUGGAGACUCCUAAAUGGCCUCACUAUGAUGUUGGCAUCCUCUUGACUGUGGCUCUGGCUGUGGUGGCCAUCAUCAUGAUCUUUGCUUUACGUUUCCACUGUCGGUCCAACAGAACCUGGGACUCCGUGCACCAGCAGACCAUGCGUGUUAUCAGCAGGUUGGAGACACGGACAUACAGCUCUCAGGGAUGCUCUGGGUCUCAGCGUUCUCGCACAGCCCCAGGGUCAAACAGCAGCUCCAACUCCAGCCCAAUCUGUGCCAUCUGCCUCGAGGAAUUCCUUGACGGCCAGGACUUGAGAAUCAUCUCUUGUGCUCACGAGUUUCAUAAAGAGUGUGUCGACCCCUGGCUCCUGCAGCACCGCACCUGCCCACUGUGCAUGCACAACAUCAUGGGUAAACAGCCUCAGGGUCCAGAGCUGGCAUCCCGUCAACCCCAAAGGAGCCGACUGCUGCCCCCUCCACAAGAACACAGUCAGACCUUCCUUCUUCCCCAACACUAUUCAAACCCUCACCCCCAGCACCACAUCCCCGUUUCCCUGCGUCAUCACUACCCCCACACCCCCACUGGACCUUUACCUCAAAUGGGACACUAUGGUAACUCAUCCCCUCUUCAUCCCCGCACCCUUCGUUGCUUUCCCAGCAGACCAUUGGGAGCUAGUUGCACAUACCACCUGGCCCCAGAUACCCAUCACAGUCGAACGCAUAGAACAGGCGGGCAUGGGUGUCGAACUCUAGGGCAUCAUUAUGCUGCUCCCAGACGGUCCUGCCACCGUUGUCCCAGAGGAGCCCUACGCAAUGCUGCAGGUUCUCGGUUGCAUCACAUGGCAUCGCCCGCAAACCACACCACUCAUCAUCACCCGCCACGUUGCGGAGGUUUGCAUGGUGACCAGGACGAUGGCAGCUGCUCGGGAGGCAGUUAUCACACGGAGCGUAGCGGUUACCUUGCCGAUGGGCCUGCCAGCGACUCAAGCUCAGGAUCGUGCCAUGGCUCAUCUAGCGACUCAGUACUGAACUGUACUGACAUUAGCCUGCAGGGUGUUCACGGCAGCUGGUCGACUUUUCGAAGCUCGCUCAGCAGCGACAACGAACCUUUUAUCUAUCAUGGGCCGGGCAAAGCCCAGCACACAGGGAGCAUGGAGGCCGCUCAAAGGCCUCGCUCCCUGGACUCAGUGGUGAACCAUACAGGGGGUGGAACUAUUGGCGAAGUAGGUGGGAUUUGCUCGGAACAGCAGCAGCAGGUGGCAGUGUUCAGUCACGUCCACUAUCACAGACAUAGACACCACUAUUAUGAGGACGGGGAGCUCAGUCAAGGGCCCGGUCGGGGCUCUGAUGAGGAUCAGGGGGCCUCUUCCUCUGGCCCUUGUAAUGUCACUAAAGACAAAGACUCCACAGUACAGCACCAGUCUUUCCACUGUCCCAAAACUGACCUCAGCUUACGGGGCGCAGAGGAUCGAGUUCCGAACCCCGUUUCCACCUCAGGCCCCUCUGUGAACGUACCCUCCCCUUCGUUAACCUCUCCAUCCCCAGUUUGUUGCCAAAAAGGCUCAGAGUGGCCCACCAGAAGGAAAACAACUGGCUGUACCUUGGAAGCAUCUGGAGGACCUUCGCCGGUUGUACACUUCCAUCAAAAUGUGGAUCUUCAGGAUGAUUGUAGCAUUCACAUCCACUACGGACAGGCAGCAGGAAGCUACUGCUUCACACCUCCACCGGACAUGGCCCCCACGCUGUUGCCAGUGCCCCUGAUCCUGGACUCGACGGGCAUGGGCGACUGGCCUUGUUGUGGGGGUGCACAUGUUGUGUGGCAGAAACAGGUACAGCAGGCGCAUUCAGAGCCCCAGCUUCUUGGGCCUGCUUCUGCAUUGGACAGACCCCUGUGUAGGGCCCAUCACAGCCCCGGCGACGAACUUCCCAUGGACAUCUGUCUGUACUGCCAAACUUUACACAACAGUCAGGGGUCAGAGGAAGAGUCUGGUGUUUGAAAAAACUCAUCAUCCAAAACUCUUUACGCUGCUACACAAGAGCCGAACUGGACAAAAACACUUCGGCCAUCUCUCGCUGUCUGUUUCACUCACACUUCAGUCUUCCAGAAUUCCAAGCAUCUUUUGCAAUACCAAACUGGAUUUCCCAGAACCUCCAAACUUCAGAACGUCAUUCUAACAGCUUUAUAUAGUAAAGCAAAUAAGGAUUUCACCAGUCGUUGAGAAAUCAGUCAUUAAUGAUAAGAUUUAUGAUAAGAUGGAUUUUUGCCAAAGGCCAAAACAAGCAAUUCUUGGUACUGUCGAGGUACUUUACCCCUGUACUUCAGGAUAACGUCCAAAAGUGACUUUUAGUAGGCAAACAAGUGGUUUCUGUGUUUAUCCAGCUAGUUUUCAAAAGAUCUGGGAGAUUCUACCUGAAAAAUAACACAUCUGGUUUAAUGGCACAGACAUUUGAAUGAAACUCUGUCGCCCCCUUGAGGACUGACAUUUGUUACCGCAACAGUAACGCUAGAAUGCGCAUUAAGUAUUUUCAAUAGGACUGUACGCUUGCAAUGCGUUGGCCAAACAUUCAUGUGUGUGUUUGCGCACCCGUGUAGAGUUUGUUUUUGGCCUUAAAAGUAUUUAAUAGCAUUCAUUAGCUCAUUCUUCUCAUUGUGAUACAACCAGCCCCUUCUGUUUUCUCAAAAAUUAGACAUACCUAUUUAGCUAAGAUAUGUUGGGUGACGUUCUGCCCACAGAUAAGCACCUGGCUCUCCAGCACUACCUCAGAUAACCAAUCAAAAUAGCCCUUUUAGCAAGACGGUACUUCAAAGGUACUUGUGCGUUGGCCUCUCUUUACCUCUUUAACUCAGAGGAAAGAUAGCAAGCUUUACUUUUAUACAAUCUGUCCUUGGUAAUGAGUGUUAGCAGUUCAAUGAGGUUUCAGGUCUCAGUUUUUCUAAAAUGGCAGCUGUUAUUUACACAUUUUUGUAUCUUCAUUUAUUAAUUGUGCUUUUCAAAACUAAAUGAUUUGACUGAAUAUAUGGGCAAAGUUGUGAAAGUUUUCUGUUUUGGUUCCUUAUUUCAGUCCUGUUAAGCCUGUAGUUUGUUUGUGCUGAGAAGUACUACAUUUCCCAUAAUGCUUUUACUUUUGACCCUUAAAGGGACAUUGACAUAUUAUAGAAAGUAACCAGCAUACAAGCUCUGAUUUCUAUAAAAUGAUCUAUACAUGAAGUUUAUACAUAUACAUUUGUAUGUAGCCUACUGUCAUGUCCUGUUUUUAAUGCUGAUAAGAAUGCCAUGCCCUGCCAACCAUAGAAAACUUGAGUUCACUAAACUCAAAUGUAGAGUACUAGUAACUUUUAUCUUUACUCUGUUACCCAGAGCCCUUUGUUGCCAUAUAUUUCAAUGAUGAAGCUGUUUGAACCCUUUUGGCAAAAAUACACUGUAAACAAUGUAAAAUCUUGCCAUGAAAAAGUGAUUUCAAUGUUGAUACCUUAUGUUAAUAUGGUUGAUUUGUAGAAUUGACAAAUGAAAAUCAUGCAGUUAUUUGUUUAAUAACUGAACCACAUUUUAUUGUAUAAUUGCUGCAUUGGUCAAAACUUAGCUUUCAUAUGAAAAGACCUGAAUUUUUUUAUUUGUGAUGUCAGUAAAUGGUCAAAUUGGUCAAAGGUUGUGAUCCUUUGAACCACAAUGCCUAUGCAUCUCUCAGAUUCAAUGAUUAUCUUUGGCGUCAUACUGUCAGAUAUGUAAUUCUUCAUAAAAUUGAGGCUAAAUCCCAAAUCAAAUUUUUAAUUAUAAAAAUUCAGGCCUGUACAGGAGUAAAUAUAGUCACCACAAUAGUUCUCCAUCCUUGCAUUAGUUUGUACUGUUUGCCUGCAUGAACAUUCUGUGUUUGUCAACCAAUGAUACAGUAGUUCUGCAUUUGCAAGCGGUGAUUUUAGUAGAAAUAUAUAAGGUACAACUGUGUAACAUUUAUCCAUCUGACCGAACAGAUUGCAGCAAUGAAAGUAUUUUGUCUCAAAGUAGUUGCUGCCAACUAAAACAGGUGUUCAUGACCGAAGACAUGCUUUGCAUUUCCCAUUUUACCAACAGUCCAACAUAAUAUCAAGCCCAAACAGGGCAUAAAACUCUUGGUUUUGUCUAAAAUAAUGCAAACAGCACUUCUGCAUGGGGAAAUAUUUUGCAAAUGCUUCAAAAUUCAAAACAGUCAUUGCACUAUGUAGCUGCCGAUCCUAUACAAUUUUACAUUAACUAAUGAAAUGUCACUAAACAUUAGGGGUUGAUUGGUUUUUAAUCUACCUUUAUCGUACUUUGUGUUUGUUGUCAUUCAUGUUUGUAUUGUUUAUCUGAUCUCAUUUCAACAGAGAAUCAUCUAAAAACUGCCUUUUUUUAAUAGAGCAAAAUCCCUUCAGAAAUCAAGGGAUAUGCCAAUAUAUUUUCAAUAUUUUGUGUAAAAAAAAAAAAAAAAGACAAA